AUGCCAGGAGUGUGUGUGAGAAACGGGGAGAAGGAGAGACUAGCAUCCCUCAGCAGAAGUUUCAUGAUGACUGAGCCGAGCACAGCGUCUCUACCCCCAAUAAAGCCCAGCCUGGAAAAUGAAAUCAAAUAUAAUGAGACUGAUUUCAAAACAGACCAUUUAACUGCAGUGAUCAUUGCCAGUGUCACUCUGCUCCUCUGCCUGGUCAGGCUGGUGGGGAACGGGAACGUGCUCUGGUUCUUUUGCUUCCACAUUAAGAGGAACCUCUUCACCGUCUACAUCCUCAACCUGGCUGCUGCUGACUUUGGCUGCCUCCUCUGCUUGGCUUCGCUUAACAUGCUGGUUCUGUUCAUGUACAGCACCAGCCUAUACUUCCUGAUGGCCAUCAGCACUGAGCAGUGGUCUAUCUGCUUCCCCAUCUGGUACUGAUGCCACUGCCCAAAGCACUUGUCUGCCAUUGUCUGUACCCUGCUCUUGGCUCUCUCCUGCCUGCUCACUGGACUGGAAGCUUUUGUUUGUGUUUUGAAUUCCUCUGCAAAUUGUAUCAUGAUGCUCACUCCACUCUCUGUUACAAAUUUCCUGAUAUUCGCUUCCAUCAUGGUUGUAUCCAGUCUGACCCUGUUCAUCAAGGGCCGAAGUAGCUCCCAGCAAUGUCAGCCAGGGAAGCUCUACAUUGUUAUCCUGCUCACAGUCCUCUUCUUCCUCCUCUUUGCUGUUCCCCACAGUAUUGUCACCUUCCUCCAGAAUUUUGAUUAUGAUUUAAAUCUCAUCACUACCACUUUCCUAUUGGCCUCUCUCAACAGCAGCAUCAACCCAGUUAUUUACUUUUUUGUUGGGAGCUACAGCAGUCAGCAAUUCAGGGGAUUUGUCAAAUUUGCACUCUAA